AUGAGCUCUUUGGAGAUACCAUUCCUUCCAAAGGGCAGACUGCCGCACUCCGAAGAGUCUACUCGCGACGAAGAUACUGUUGACUCUGCCGCGGAUACAUUUUCAAUCCACAAACAUGGCCGGCGUCAAGGCCGCCUCGACAGUGCAGCAGCCCGCGCCAUUACGAUCCUCCUGGCGCUUUGGGGACUGGGGUCUCUCCCUAUCCAACUGUUCCACCUCAUAAGGCCGCCCGCAGCCUCUCACGACGUCUACCGGCCCGAAACGCUGACCCCAGAUCUGAACCUCUGCGACUGCGGACGCACAAUCGACGAAGCCAUCGCCCGAAAAUGCGUCUACGAUUCUCUGGCAACCGCCUGGCUCCCUCCUCACUGCCGGGACGAUGCGCUGACGGCGGAAUUUGACCGGUCUGGUCCUGGCUCCGACGGCUCCUGGCCGUACUAUGCGGACGCGAACGGCACGAUUCCAAUCGGCAAGGCGCAGAUUGCGCUACUGGGCGACGGGCAACGGAGCUUCUGGAGCUUGCGGGAGUGGCAUAUUGCACACUGCUUGUUUUACUGGGAGAAGUUGGUCCGGAUGCGUGAGACGGGAGCGGUGAUGGAGCGACGCUUCGAUACGGCCAAUCAUGCGCGGCAUUGUAGGCGGCUGGUGAUGAAUCCUUCUAUGUUCCAUAAGCAACUUGUUGAGGUGCCGGUUAUGAUGAGCUCGGGGACUGAGGAGGUCAUGAACGGGCACGAGCAUGAGCACGGUCAUCGCGAAGAGAUUGAAGGUAGAUAG